AUGGCAUCGAUAGCCGAGCAAUCAUAUAACAUGUUCCCCCGGCCUACGGAGCACCAGGACUUCCUGCUCUACUCGGAGCAGCAAGCAGGAUCCGGAUACGCCUCACCACCAAUGGAUAACCAAUACAGCCCAGACGCCUUUGGCUUUCCUCACACAUCUGGCUUCGAGGUCAACCCAUUGUACGCAGACUUUGCCCACAUGACAUAUGGUGGAAGGACAUCGCCUGGCGCAUACACAGAGGAUGCAGAGCUGCGCGUGCCUUCGUCGAAUAUGUCCACAACGUCGGCUUCGUCGUCGAACAUGGGCUCGCCUCAUUCUCACAGUGGCCAACUAGCCUACGUCCCAGAGUAUAGCCACAACUCGCUGGGUGUAAAUCCCAGCAUCGUGAGCCACGAUAAUUACUUUACUGGAACAGAGUACACCACGUACAUGCCGGCACAGAUGGAGGGCUACGACAUGACUUAUGCCGACAGCAAGCCCGGAUUCGUUGAUCCCUCCCUUAUCCAUCCAGAAAUACGCGGACCUAUGGGGCCACCCAUGCAGGGUUACGACAACACCUUUUCGCAAAACCACCAAUAUCCCACUUCACCCGCACUUUCAGGAGCAACUUCACCGGUUCCUGGCAUUAGAAAUGGCAGCGCUUCGCCCUACGUUCCCGGCUUCCAGUACAGCCCUUUUGCAGUUCCUCAACACCACGGCAGACGGCCCAGCAUGUCUUCCUUCCAAUCUCCCCAGGAGUACUCGUAUAGCGGCGAUGAGUCCAAGGAAAAGCAAAGAUGCCCGCAUCCCGACUGUGGUAAGACCUUCAAGGACCUGAAGGCGCACAUGUUGACGCACCAGACGGAGCGACCGGAAAAGUGCCCGAUCCAGACGUGCGAUUACCACAUCAAGGGUUUCGCGCGAAAGUACGACAAGAACCGACACACCUUGACCCACUACAAAGGGACAAUGGUGUGCGGUUUCUGCCCUGGAUCGGGUUCGGCGGCUGAGAAGUCGUUUAACCGCGCGGAUGUCUUCAAGAGGCAUCUUACUGCCGUCCACGGUGUAGAGCAGACACCACCCAACAGCCGCAAGAAGUCUUCUGGUGCCAACAACAGCGGCAAGAAGCUGACUGGAUACGCAUCGGACGCCACCGGCAAGUGUUCGACCUGUAGCGUCACCUUCUCCAACGCUCAGGACUUUUACGAGCACUUGGACGACUGUGUGCUUCGCAUCGUUCAGCAGGAGGACCCCGCAGAAGCCGUCAACGCACGGCGGCUGGCCGAGGUCGAAAACGACGGCGAGGUUCACCAGACCCUGGAGAAGAACUCCCUUCCCCUCACGACCCAGACUACCAGCCUGUCUGACGAGGAGGAUGAUGAGGAGAUGGGCGAGGACGAUGACGAGGAGGACUUCAAGGGUCGCAAGGCCUCACCCAAGUCGAGGAAGGGUAACCCUGCCAACGGUGUGCAAAAGUCGCGCGGCAUGACGCACUCCCGCGGUGGUGUACCCGUGGCGGUCAAGUCCAAGAGCCGAAAGAACCGACGGGACUACCCAUCGUCAUGGGGCUUCGACAAGGGCCAGAUGACGAUGAAGAAGCGAGUCAUGGCUGUCUUUGACGGCCCACGGCGACUUGCCAAGGACGACAUGAUGCUCUCGACUGAGCACGAGGUGCGCAUCAAGCUUGCCGACGGCAAGUACGUCACGGACCUGGACGUGCAGACCUUGAAGCGCGCGCAGGGCUUCCUCGACGCCACCGAUGAGGAGAAGGGCAUGUGGAUCUCGGACGACCCAACCGAGGAGGACAUGCGCAAGAUGCUCGAGCUCUCUGCACAAUAA